CCUAACCUAACUUGUGUCUUGCAUUCGCAGUGCUCCUCUGUUGUGUACGAUGUUUACUGUUACGGUCGAUAUUUCUUCGUUAAAGAAUACCGUAUCUUGAUUGAUAUUCGUGGCAGAUCGUUUUGUUAAUCCGACGAAUAAAAUAAAUCAGCAUCCUGCAUUAAAUAUUAUAAUCGAUAAAGAUGGAUAAUAUCUUUGGGAAGGAAGAUUCUGGGGAUGAAAGAGAUGGCGAACGUAAAGAUGUUGACAAAUAUAAAGAUAUCAAAGUUAAUCUAGCGCAAAAUUCAGGAUCUAAAGAUAGUGAAGCUAUGGAGAUUAGUAGUAUGCAAGUUAAGGCGGAGUUGUUGGAAGCAAUGAGCUCUCGAUCGCAGUCGGAUACUGAAGAGACUGAAAACACAGGAUCUAAUUCUACCUACCGAGUUGUGGAAGCAAUAGAGAUUGUGAAGCACGAAUUUGACAGAAAGGAAGACGAACAGACUGCAGAGGAUAUAUUCAGUAAUGAUAUUAUGAUACCUCGCGCCAACCCAGUCAGUACGAAAGAAAGGCGGGAGAGUAAGGAGAAGAGCAGAAGGGAGAUAGAAGAGGAGGAGAGAGAAAAGAUGCAAGUACUAGUAUCCAACUUCACUGAAGAUCAAUUGGACAGAUACGAGAUGUACAGACGAUCUGCAUUUCCAAAGGCAGCUAUAAAGAGGAUUAUGCAAACCAUAACAGGCUGUUCGGUGUCUCAGAACGUUGUCAUAGCUAUGUCGGGAAUUGCUAAAGUAUUUGUUGGCGAGAUUGUUGAAGAAGCUUUAGAUGUUAUGGAGGCCCAGAAUGAAACUGGUCCAUUACAACCAAAGCACUUGAGAGAAGCUGUCCGCAGAUUAAGACUGCAGGGUCAAAUACCGAAUGGUCGAGCGCACAAAGCUUUUUUCAGCAAGCAUACUUGCCGACUCGGUUUAUUCGGUAGUUCGAAGUGUUCCAGCAAUGAAAGACGCUAUUAUUCGGACAUUUAUUCGCGAUCGUGUCAUCACUCCAUUCAACAAUUUACAACGGAUAAACCCAAGGUAGAAAACAAGACAUUGAUCUCGCUACAGCGUUAUUGGAAAAGCGCAAUAAGAAAUUUCCACUUGUCCUACUCUCAAACGGACGCCGAUGUGACCUAUCGGCGAAAGUUGCUUAGCUACGAGCAAAACUUUUUUGGAACUCGCCCUACGAGAAGUAGCAGGUUUCAUAACGGGAUACGUGAAGUUAUUCUGACAGAAGCAUUGGGUCUAACGGAGAGGAAGCGCAAUGUCGCGGCAAAGGAUAUUGAAUCGAACGACGAAGAUAUAGAUUCGGCGGCGUGGGACAAUUGGAGUAUUUGGAGCACGUGCAGCGUGACUUGCGGGCAAGGACGACAGGUCCGUUGGCGUCACUGCUUGUCUGCAGAUUGCAUCGAAGGUCUGAAGAAGGCGCAGUUGAAGAGAUGCCGUCUCAAGGAUUGCGGUACCAAAGGCUUCCUCGGUUGGCUCGGGAUAAAAUCAUGAUCUGUUUGCGACUUACGAAAGCAAGCAAUUGACAAGGCUUCUCGACAUCAUUAUGCGAAAAGUACUAAUACUAAGUGGUCUGGAGAAUGCACAAACAAAAGAGUCCUUUGCAAACUAUCAAGAAAAGAGUUUCUAUUGUCUCUCUUUGCCGAAAUAAAAAUUAUCUAAUUGAAUUAACAACAGGAAAAAUACACAAUAUUGUAGGCAUUGAUCCAUAGAUAUUUUCUUUGAUGAAAUUUUCACCUUGUUUCUCAAGAUAUAUUUGUAUUUUAUUGUGACAGCAAAAACUUAAACUUGAAAAAUAGAUUUGAAAUAUACAUAUUAAUACGUCUAAUGUAUGCAAUGCGUGUCUGGAAAUAUUAUUAAACUAGAUUGAGUUUUAUGAUACACAGAGAUACUUCUUUUUAUGACUACUUUAUAACAACAGUAUAUAUAGUAGUUGUUUUUUAUUUGAAACUUCAUAUUUAAUAUGGAUUACUUCAUCAUAUUUAAUGCGGAUUUAAUAGUGAUGUAGAACAAACUUCAGUGCGAUAUUCCGUAUAUAAUAUAAAUAUAUUAACAUUAAUGACAACGCAAAAAUAUAUGGAUAGAAGCCGAUUGAUCCUUGUUUACUUCGCUACACUCGUGUUUUUUAUGGGUAAUAUUGCUGCAAAACAUUUAUAAUUCAAAUACAGUAUCACUUUUCUAUGCAAAAUAACUUUUCAAUUUUAGCCUUCAAAGAAACCAUUUCAGAAAUUGACAAAGUAUCGUCAAAUAUUACACCUACUGUCGUUGAAAGUGAUAUCGACACAUUAAAGAUAAAGUUGGAUAAACUCCAACGCAAAAAUUAUGAUGUGUUUCGUGAUAUCGAUAAUGAUGAUGAAGAGGAAGAUAAUAUCCGGCCGCAAAUCAAACGAG